AUGCCGCCGCGUCGCAGGCCGAGCCUGGGCCGGCAGAAGGUAGCAAUGGAGCCGAUCCAAAGCAAUAAGGCCCGCCAGGUGUGUUUCUCGAAGCGCCGUUUUGGGCUUUUCAAAAAGGCCAGCGAGCUCUCCGUCCUCUGCGGCGUGGAGCUCGCUGCCGUCGUCUUCUCGCCAGGCGGCAAGGCUUUCUCCUUCUGCACCCCUUCCGUCGACGCCGUCGUCAACCGCCUCCUCGUCAACAACAACAACAACGCCGCUGCUCCUGCUGCCGGCGGAGGAGGAGGUUGGUCUUCUUCGGCUCCGGCGGUGGCGACUGAAGGUUCUUCUUCUUCGGGUCUGGCACCAGCGGCCAUGGCGGCGGAGAAGCUGGUGGAACUAACCGAGGCGUACGCGGAGCUGAGGGCCAUGAUGGAGCGGGAGAAGCUCCGCAAGGAGCGUGCGGAGGAGGAGAUGGAGAGGGAACGCGAGGCGGCCGGGUGCCCCACCGCCGCCUGGCUCGACGCCGACCUGGCGGAACUAUCUGAGGCCGAGCUUGUGGAGUUCCAGGCGGCACUAUUGGAGGUGAAGAACGCUGUCGACCUCCAUGCUGACGACGUGCUCCGCGAGACCCUCACCGCCGCCGCAGCUGCUCCUGCUCGUUCACCUCUCGCCAUGCCCAUGCCCAGGCCUCGCGGAUUCGCUAACAGCGUCUACGAGGUCGGUGGUUAUUCUUCAGGCAACAACAAUGGCGGGGGAUUCGCUAACAGCGUCUACGAGGUAGCCGGUUCUUCUUCAGGAAACAACAAUGGCGGAGGGGCCACCAUGGGGGAGAUGAUGCAGAUGGACAACAUGCUGCAGCAGCUGAAUCUCAUAGACCAGAUUCAUCCGCUGCCGCCGAGAAUGGGCCAGAUUCCUCCGCCGGGACUGGGGUUCCCGGAGACCAUGGACCUUCCGCCGCUGCCGGGAAUGGGGUUCCUAGACACCAUGGACCUUCCGUCGCCGGACUUCGGCCCAGACGGCGGCUUCAUCGGCCCACCACCUUUCUGA